AUGACAGUUGAAGUAGAGGAACCAACUGGAAAUUUAAACGAAUCAGAGGCAUAUAACAGAGAUGAGGUAAUACUGUGCCUGGAUAUCAAUAAGGAUAGAUUAGGAUGCUCAGUUUGGGAAGAGAGUAACCACUUUAUGAGGUGUUUGCCCCAGGAUUACGUAUUGAAUUCACAGACAACUUAUAAUCUCCCUUCAGUAACUUUCGAAAGGCAUGGGAUGGGUUCAAAUGAUUUGAAAUAUACUGAAGAGAUAAAGAUGGUGACUGAAACGUUGUUACUUAAGUAUUCGCCCACAUUUUGUGUGAUUUCUUCAAGAGUAGAUGAUUCUUGCUACGAAUAUAUUAAAUCUAAAUGUGAGAUAUUGAACUGUACACUGGAUCUUCAAUCUACUGAGAAAUAUAAAUUGAAUAAUGAAUUUGAGAAUCUGACCUUUGUAGAUUCUGAAAGUUAUGUUCUUUACAACAAUGUAUUGGAUUGCUCCUCUUCUACUUCAAUGGUGACAGUUAAUACUAUCUGUUGGAUACUAUCGCACUUAAUAGAACAAAGCAGGUCUGAACGUUACAAUGAUGACUGUCUACCGCAAGAUACAGUAAUGAGAGGACAUAGAGUAGCCGAUGUUACAACUUUAGUGUUAUCUUUAUCCAGCAUUAACGUUACAGAUAGAAUGUUUGUUGACAGUGACACAUUAUACUCACUAAAUAUAUUACCAAGAUUGAUGAAAUAUGGAAAUGAUAACACGUUAGGAAACGGUUGUUUUAGUUUAUUCGAGAUUUUAAACCAAACAUGUUCUCAACCUGCUAAACAGCUUCUCAGAUCUUGGUUGGUCACUCCAUUGUCUGAUAAAGAUCAGAUAGAAGCUCGGUUCAAUAUAGUCGAUACCUUUAUUAGCAAGGUUAAUGCCAUUACUUUCGAAAAUUUAUGCUUUCAUAUUACGAAAUGCCCUGAUGUAAGUAAUGUUUUUAAUAAAUUUAUCUCAAAUGGCCCAUCAUAUAUUGCUUGGAGGAGAAUUAAUGACUUUUUACUUAAUGGUAUUGAAAUCCACCAUUGUUUAACACUCCUAAAUCAUGAAACUAGGACGCAAGACAUUAUUGAAACUACAAAGAAGACUAUAAGUACUUCUGAUCUAAAGAACCUAGUCAGGGAAAUAAACAGUGUCAUUGACUUUGAGUUAUCACAAGAAAGUAAAAAUUUGGUUAUUAGAGAAGGAAUCGAUGAUAAAUUGGAUGAAUGCCGCCAAGUAUACAGACAAUUAGAAGAUAUACUAAAUUCCUUAGCUAAUGAAGUCGAAGUAUCCAUAUUCGAAGUAAUAUCGCAAGGUGAGUUUAACCCUGAUUUGUCUAAAGAUAACUUAAUAAAUGCGUUGUACAUUCCUCAAUUAGGAUAUUUGAUUACACUUGAUAAUUCAUUUGAAGGCUAUAUAGACUGUUCAGAAUUAUUUGGCUGGAAAGAAGUAUUCAGGACUCCAACUAAUAUUUACUUUAAGGAUGAAAGAUCCAAGAGACUCGACGAAGAGUUUGGAGAUAUUUAUGGUAAUAUAUCUGAUUUAGAGAUAGACAUAUUGUUGAAAUUACAAGAAAGAGUAUUCGAAAAUGCAACCUUGAUACAAAAUUUUAAUAAGCUAAUCAUUGAACUUGACGUGCUAUCAUCUUUCGCCAGGGUCAGCAUUGAAAAAUCUUACAUAAGACCAACGAUUAUAAAAGAUCGAUCUAUUAUUGAUAUCAAAGGAGGAAGACAUCCCAUUUAUGAAACUUUGGUAGAAACGUACAUUCCAAACGAUAUUAGUUUGGAUGGAGGUGAAUUAAAUAAUCUUGUCAGUACUAAUAACUUGGGAAAUGAUUGGAUUACUGGGAAAAAAGAACGAAUUGCCAUUAUCACUGGUGCCAAUGCAUCUGGGAAAUCUGUAUUUUUAACACAAGUUGCACUGAUUGUCUACUUGUCUCAUAUUGGAUGCUUUGUACCUGCUGAAAGUGCAGUGAUUGGUAUAACAGAUAAAAUAUUAUCUAAAAUCCAAAUGAAAGAAUCUGUUUCAAACCAACAUAGUUCAUUUGAAUUAGAUUCUAGACAAGUUGCCAAAUGCAUCGUUCUUGCGACAGAAAGAAGUCUGAUACUUCUCGAUGAGUUUGGAAAAGGCACUGACAUCAAUGACGGACCUGCCCUAUUUGGAGCAUGUCUGAAAAAUCUGGCACAACAGAAACACUGUCCUAGAGUUUUAGCAUGUUCCCAUUUUCAUGAACUUUUCAAAGAUCAUAUAAUAUCUCCUAGAAGUCAUGGAAUUAAAUUUUACUCGACUGAAAUACUGUUAAACAGAUCCAAUAAUAAAUUAACUCCCAAUGUCGAGAACUUCCAAGAGAAUGAAGGUAUAACGUUCUUGUAUAAAUUAAAAGAAGGCAUUGCAAACCAGUCAUUUGGAAUUUAUUGUGCCUCUGUUGCAGGUAUCGAUAAUGACAUUGUCAAGAGAGCCUACAAAAUAAAAGAAAUGAUGGAUAAUGGGUAUAAUUUAGUAGAUUAUUGUGGAGAAAUAACAAAGAAGGAGUUACAACAAUUUCAAAAAAAUCAAAAUAUUGUCAAGAAAUUUAUUAGCUGGGACUUAGAUAUCGAAUCAACAGCAUCCAAAGAGUUGCUUAAAUCGAAGCUAACUAACAUGUUACAUGAAUCUUCAGAUGACUUAUUCCAAAUGUAA